GACCCACGACCGCACGGCAUUCCCCGGGGCUCCGGCGUUUAGCAUCGAAAGAUCGGGAAAUCCACUUAUUUCGAAUAGGACGUGUAGAGCUGGCAUCAGCGCGCGGAGAUAUGAAAUUAAUAGAGAUGGAAAUCGCGCCUGAGGGGAAGAACUUUCGAUUGGUAACGGAAGACGAGCUCCCGGCGGUGGGCGAUGUUCUAGUGCAGUAUAUGCCUGAAUCUCUUAAGUUUCAUCAGACGAUUCAAACAUAUCUAAACAACAAGGUGUGGGACUUCCAUUUUUAUGUUGCGAAGAAUUGGCCCGAGGAUCCGAUUUGCCUGCACUUCCCCGGAUGUACUGGAUCGCCAAACAUCGCCAACGACAUAUUUGAGAGCGUGACCGUGUUCUGCCCGUCGGAGCGCGCGGAGCUGGUCGACCUGCUCACGUCAGAAGACGUCCUGCUGGACCUGACGCAGCCGCUGUACCUGAACUUCACUCACGAGGCCAUCGUGAACCGCUUCGAGCGGGUGUAUGAGGCCCAUGACAAGAUUACUGGGGAUGUCUAUGCGUGCGUCACGCCGCCGCCGGAUAAUGCUGCUGAUGAGCUCCCACCGGACGUGGAGCUGCUCCGCCUGCAGCCCGAAGACAUGAAGGCGGUUUACGACCUGUACCCGGCCAGCGACAUCGAGUGCCGCGAGGUGUUUGAGAAGCUGGUGGCAGAGUUGCCGGCCUACGGUAUCUUCGUGGAGGGCCAGUUGGCCGCGUGGAUGGUGCAGUCAUACUACGGCGCUAUGUUCUCGAUGCAGACUCGUCCGGAGUUCCGCAGGAAAGGGUACGGGAUAUACCUAGCCAGGCGCCUCACUAACGAGGUAGCGGCGCGUGGCUACAAGCCAUUCGUGGUGAUCCGGCCUGAGAACGACGCCUCGAGGAACCUCUACCUGAAGCUCGGCUUCGAGAAACGCUUCCGGACGGUGCGAGCCGUGCUCCGCCCCCGUUAGCCUGAUAAACGUUAAUCACUAGCAGAUUUUAUUUUUUUAACAAUUUUGAAAUCAAAUUUAGCUUGCGAUCUUUGAUCGCUUAGAGAAUUUUAGUAGUAGCUUUAAGAUUGAACAGCUAGCGCUCUCGGCUUUGGAUCUCUUGGGCAUUCUUUAAGCGUUUCAAACGUUAGCAACGCAGCGCGAUGACGAACUUCCUGAAGAAUAAACAGGCAUUUCAUCAAAUUGCGUCCAUAACUGGCGAACAUGGCGCAAACUCUAAAUACUAAAAUAAGCUCGCUAACUGCUUGCGUAUAUUUCGUAGUGCGAAGUACAGAUGUUCUGCGGAUGUAUGUUUAGUAGUAGUUCAGAUCCUGAAGAAAAUUAAUUUAAAUGGUUGAAAUGCUCAAAGAAUGGCCUUCUGGCCUUUCGAUUCAUGCUUGGCCGCGUGCAAACAACGAAUGGCCCACUUUACCCAGCGUAGACACUUUAGCUUCGACCAAAGGCGAGAGCCGUAGCUGGAACUGCGAUUGGCGCCAUAUAGUUACCUGAUCGCACUAUGAUUCAUUCUAACCUGUCUUGAAUUGUUGUAGGGCCAAAAUGAUCUGAAAGAUAUUGGUUAGAAGCUACAUAAAAAGCAGCAGGGAAUAUCAACUUAUGAGCGUUGGUGAUGCUUCCAAACCGGAGGUCAUAGUUUCCACCCCGGAACAUCGUGAGGAAUGGCUCAUCAAAAUAAGGUCUAGUUUCCCCUCAGGUUUGGGUUGUGUUUGGAGGUCGAAGACUGCCCCUUUCAUAAAUAACUACUUUUCCAAAAGCGGACCACAAGCUCAUUUGGGGUACUUCCGGGAAAACACCAAAAUUAAUGGAAGAUAUGGUAAUAAAUAUGGCACAGAUAGCAGCUAUAACAAGGUGCAACUCUGAUUCACUUCUUGUUGAUUCACUUGACUUCAGAGAAUUUUGGCUCCACAUUAACGUCUUAAGGCAGUGGCGUCAGGAAGUUCAAGUGACAUGGUUAUGGUUACCACUAGGCAAACGCUUCAUUGCCACUCGUUGACAGGCGGAACUAUUCUGUCUCAUGGUAAUUGGGACCCGUUAUGAUCUGUGUGAUAGAACGUUAGUCAGUUAAGGGACAUGAGAAAGAACCGUUGCCGUGACAGCACCCCAGCACAAUUCAUUCGAAAUGAUUAUAAAAAUCAUAGCACCGAAACAUGACAUUUAUCAUAAAAAAAGUUCCGAAUCUAACGAAGAUAAGAUCAGGCAUGUUAUCUUUUUAAUUUAAGUUAUAUGGUGGUCGGGUACCUAAUGUAGAUACAGUAUUAAGAUGGCUUCUCGAUGGUCAAUGAGUGAGCGGUGCCUUCUCUAUACCAAAUAAUCUACUCUCAAAUUCAGAAACGAUCUUAAUACUCGUAGAGUAAGUAGGUAUGAAUUGAAUUGAUAAAUUAAAUGAUCUCAGAGAUGGUUUGAAUGGAAUGUUUUUGCGUUAUAUGUAAUUUGAUCUAACAAUAGUUUGAUCACCCUUAGGCAGGAUGUCCGUACAAGUAGCUCUUUCCCAGAUGAAAUCAUUGUUGGUUAUGUGAAAACAUUUAAAAUUUGAUACGAAACGUAGAUAGGUACCUAGUAUUUUAAUACGGGAAUGUACAACUAUUUCGACCUAUGUAUUGGUAAAGUUUGCUAUUUAUAUUAUAGUAGGGUUGGUUACUGUAUGCCACACUAGUGCCAACAUCACAUUAUUUAUACCAUGAUAUUAGCAAAAAACCUUACGGUCCGUAUGUAUAGUAUGUACCACCUUAAUGCUUGCAACUCCAGAGAUGUUAUAGACCCUACACUAACAUAUUUUGAGCGUCGGCAUUUAGUCAGCGUUAUUGAAAAUGGUGUCGCUACGCAGUUGCGCCAACGUUGCAUCGACCAUAGCCUCUAGCCGCCCAUACGUCAAACCUUGCCAAGCAAAAUGAAAUUUUAUUUUGUCAACACAAAGUUUAAAUUAGAAUGGAACAGGAGACCUUUUUAUAUGUCUCUGGGCGUGUAGAGGAUAGAGUUGACUAGACGUCGACGCUCAAACGAUGCUGUUGUGGAGUCUCUCUUACGGAUCGUGAUCGAUCCUGAGGAUUUUUGUCGACAGGUUAGGAACAAAUGCAGGUGGCUGCUAAAAAAGUGCAUGUACAGGAACGAGUUGGUAGAAUUGGUAAUGUUGGCACUAUUUGACGAAUAUUUUAGAACUUAGUGACAGUAUCCUACCCAAGUAGGCUGGAAGGGCCGGGUAUGUGAAUAAUCAUCGAUUUAUAAUUUUUAUAACGGCUGUCGUGUGAUACUAUUUAAAUUAAUUUAUUAAGCCUAUGUUAAUUAUUUUUAUUAGAAUGGACCUUAUUAUUAAGGCCCAUUUACACGAUACAAGAUUCUUGAACAAGAAUCGGCAAUAAUUGUAUGCAAGUUUUGCCGUGCAAUAAUUGAAUUCAAGAAUUGAAUCAAAGUGUUUAUACAUGAGCAAUAACCAAAAUCUUGAAUGCAAUUAUUGUAUACAAUUCUUGAUAGUCAAUAUUCUUGACCGUAUUUUGUUUACACCAAAGACAUUUAUUGAACGGCAAUAAUUGCAUGCAAGUCUUGACAGGUCUAAACUUCAAGUUGAAUCAAGUAUGAUGUAUUGAAGCCAUAUUGAAGCAAGAAUUGAAGCGAUUUGCAUUGGCAGAUUUUCAUUCAAUAUUGAAUGUUCUUUGUGGGUGGUAAAACUGAUAAAAUGAGCAAAAAUUAUGCUAAAUUAGGUAGUUCGGAGAUAAAGUCAUCAAUGUUUAUGGGACACAGAGGAUAAAAAUUAUAAAAACCGUGAGGCUCGUGAGGCUACCCUUGUAGCUUUUUCUAUAGAAUUUGGGGUAUAAAGUUUUGGUCCCAAAGAAAUAUUGAAGAAACUUAACAUAAAAACGCAAUAUCAAGCUAAAAAGAAGAAAAUGAAGGAUUCAAUGGGAAUUGGAUCUAGCAGUGCUGAUGUUUAUAAGCCAAAACUUGUGUGGUACAAUUUGAUGGCCGUAUUUUAACAAAAACUUCGGAAUCAAGAGAAACGACAUCAAAUUUAGUAUGUCCUAUUUUUUAGGGUUCCGUACCCAAAGGGUAAAACGGGGCCCUAUUACUACGACUUCGCUGUCCGUCUGUCCGUCCGUCCGUCCGUCUGUCACCAGGCUGUAUCUCACGAACCGUGAUAGCUAGACAGUUGAAAUUUUCACAGAUGAUGUAUUUCUGUUGCCGCUAUAACAAAACAGAAUACAAUAAAGAUUUAAAUGGGGCUCCCAUACAACAAACGUGAUUUUUGACCAAAGUUAAGCAACGUCGGGAGUGGUCAGUACUUGGAUGGGUGACCGUUUUUUUUUUUGCAUUAUGGUACGGAACCCUUCGUGCGCGAAUCCCACUCGCACUUGCCCGGUUUUAUUUAUUCUUUAUAAUCAUAUGGAUUGGCAAUUCUUGUAUUCAAUUAAUUGCACUAGGCUUCGUUUACACGUAUGCCAGUAUUGAAUUCAAGUUGGUACUUGAAUACAAGAAUGUCACGUAUGUUUAGAUAGUGCAAAUUUUUUAUUGCCUCAAUUUUAUUGUAUUGAAUGUUCAAGAAUCUUGUAUCGUGUAAAUGGGCCUUUAAAGAUUACGGUCUUCCUAUAUACUUGUACCAACAUUUAUUGACAAGGCUUUGAGGUAGGGAAUCGAUAUUUAAUUUACUUUAAUACAAUACAUAUAUGGUUGUAUGUAAAUGGUCGAACAUAUUUGCGGAAGAAUUUUCUGUCUCUAUUUUAUCUUACGGUAGUGCUUUGAUAUUUAUUUAGUGAGAGUUUUUAUUUAAGGAAUCUGAUUGGCUGAAUAUUACCUCGUCUGUAUGAUCGCAAAUUUAGGUUCCUCUCUAAAAUUAAAGUCAACUGACGAUUGUACCAAUAAGUGACACCAGAGUUUGAAUUAUUCUCUGGCGAUCUGCGGUACCAAAAAAAAAGAUUUUACCGACUUCGUAUCAAGCACGAAAAUAACUUAGAAGAUAUAACCAACGGAGACGCCAUGUCUAUAAUUUUCGGUACAAAAUAGUCUGCCGUUAAAGGCUUGCUACACGGCAGCCGACAAGCCUACUAACCGUCUGACCUUGGUCUGUCCUUGGUCAGUUUUGGUCAAAUUUUGUUGGUAACAACUGUCUACACGGUCCGGGACACACCAAGGCCACGCGGUUUGGGGGCUUGUGGGCUGCCGUGUAGAAAGCCUUUUAUUUGCGGGGGAGGGGCGUAACGUAAACAUAGUCAUGUCAGAUAAACGUCAGUUCAUACAUGUGGUUGACAUGUCGUUGACCAUUGGCCGCCUAUUUUCGACAGAGGGGAACGCCUGUUAGUUAAUGACCACUCCGUUGGUUAUAUUCUCUAAGGACAAUAACAUUAAAAAUGUAUCGUAGGUAAAGCCUGACUAGUAAUAUAUGAUCAUUGUCAAGAGGGCGCUGUUAUUCUCAUGUAUAGGGUGACAGUUCAGUAUAGUAUGAAAAAGUUCCAGUGAAAUUCCGCAUGGCGCGUGAUCGUUAUAUUCCUGUACGGUUACCAUCAGUUUGUCACUGACAUAAACGCCGUCGAGAACGUAAUUUACUUUCUAUACAUCCCGUUUGCACUAAUAUGCGAGUGCGAGCGAGAUGUAUAGAAAGUAAAUUACGUUCUCGACGGCGUUUAUGUCAGUGACAAACUAAUGGUAACCGUACUGGUCAGGCUUAAAAUUCGACAUUUGUGGGUUUGAAACCUUACUGGUAUCGUUGAGUUACACGUAUAAAAUAUAAUUUGAUAUUAAACUUUGGUGUGAUUUAAAAGCGAAUUGUCUGCUCGUUAAUCAUAAAAAAAUUGUAUUACAGUAGCCAUCAGAAAAAUCGAAGCGGCCGAGAUGCUCAAAACUAUCUGAACAUGCACUCUAAGUGCACUCUAACAAUAUGGUGACGUACAUUCUGAUAUUUGUGAGCGCCUUGGCCGCUCCGAUAUAUCUAAUCGCAACUGUACAAAUUUGCGAUCCAAUAAUUUUAUAAUCAGAAGUAGGGAUCCUUAUCUUUAAUUCAAUAAUACAAUUAACUUGAAUUCAUAAACUUAUAACUAGUAACAUGAAUAACUGAAACGAUUAUUUAGCAGAAAAGUAUCAAAAUUGAAUACGAAUUCCAUUAAUUUAUUGAAAAGCGAGUGACAAAAUUUAAUGUUUGCUCAAUAACAAGGAGCUUCCGUUAUUAUUAAUUAUACAAUUCAAAAUUACGAAGCCAAAUUAUGUAUUAAUUGCGAUUGUUUGAACAAACUGUAAUGGAUUCGAUGAACAACGUGAUGAACAUUUUCUUCAUUGUGUGAUCAUCUUUAAUGUUUCAUGUAAAUCUACCAAUACCUAUUGCAAAGAAUUCUAGCCAAGGUGUUAAAUGAAUUAACGAGUAUAAUUUUAAUGACGUCUAGAUAGGUUUUAGAGAGAUGGCAGUCUAUUUCGCAAAAAACAGUGCCUAAGGACGUCAAACCUAAAUAAGGGCUCGUUUACACAGGGUUAACUGGCGUAUUGGGCAGUCAAUAGCCCCGCAUUCAAUACUUUAAAGCGAUAAGCGUCUCUGUGUAAUCGUGCCUUUAUUUUGUUGAACAAAUUUUUAGCUCCUUUUGGACAAAGAGGAAAAGUAGCUACGAAUAUUGGUGUAUUUACAUGAAAAUAUAUCAGCCAUCAACACGAUAUCAUGCUAAAGGCUUUCCUACUUUCUAAUUAUCUAUAUAAUAAUGUCAACCUUAGUACCUACUUCGAAUAUUUUGAAAUUAUUAAAUUAAGGACGAUUUUCUGAACACUAUCCGGGCCUUUUCAGAAAUAAAUAUUGAAAACAUGAUUCUUUCACAUCUGGACAUUCUUGGGCUCAUUCUUCUUAGAAACGACAGCAUUCUCCAUCCCACCAUUAAAAAAAGAUGUCCCAAAAUGUCCAUUCCAUUACGUCACGUUUUAGUAUGAAAAAAAAUCCACUUGUAUGUGCGUGACGUAGUGGAAUGUACAAUUUUCAUAAAAAAAUUUGGGACAUUUUAUUUUAUCAUCAGAAUUGAAUAUGCUAGUGAUUCUGAGUUGAAAGAACCCAAAAACACCGGGAUCUGUGAGAAUCGGAUUUUCGAUAUUUAUUUCUGAAAACGCCCAUCCUCUCUCAAAGGACAUAUUUCCGUCCUAAAGCAGUCGAUAUAUUUUGAAUUAUCCUCUUGUCUUGGACCGUUGAAGCGAAAAGAAUGUAGUGUCCGUUCUAUGUAACACAUAAAUACCUUGCAAAGGUAUUACAAAUGAAUAAAAUGAUGAAAAAACUA